AUGAUGAUGAGGUUGCAACGCCCUUGCUGCCCUAUCCAAGAGUAUCGUAUGCAAAUAAAAACUGAACUUAAGUAUUGUAAACGAUACAAUCGUACUAGUUACUACUACUUGUUGGUUCAUUGUCAAGAACUCAGAAAAUCUGCUUUUCUUCGGGGUCUUUUGAACUUUAUUUGUCGAAGUAGCAGCUCAAGUAGUCAGGCCGAAAUUGAAGACAACGAGUUUGCAGAAUUCGAGGAUGAGGAAACUGAGGAGGUUGAACAGCGACCAAAUACUGCUACUGUUGAAAAGGGAACUUUAAAAGAGGAAACUAGGAAACAGAAGUUAGAACAUUCACAAAAGGCAGAUGACUUCGACGAUGACUAUGGUGUUGUAGAAGACGAGGAGGAGCUGAAGGAAAAGGAGGAUGAGCCACAACCUGUGCAACCGCUAAAAUUUGCCGAUGUGCCUGCUCAUUUCCGUUCGAAUUGGGCCUCAUAUCAAGUCGAGGCUUUGGUACUUGCAGUGAUUGCUAUGUAUUUAUUGAAUUAUGUCAUUGGACGUAACACCAAUCAGUCGAUGGCCCUUGAGUGGUUCGACAAUGUGAGAGGACUUCUUGAGCAGCAGUUUGCUCUGGUAGGCGACGACGGUGUAAAUGAAUAUCCUGAAAGUAGUGCCGCUGUACAAAGAGAAACAGAUUGUUCGUAUACCGUUUGGUGUUCCGGAAGGGUCGGUGUGAAUGGAAUGCUCAUACAAAUUAGGACGAUGAAACGGCAGGACUUGAUGAGUAGAAUAAUGGGAUUUUUCUCCCCACAGAAGGAUAGGAUUACAUUUAAGCUUGAACUAGAUCCGGGAGAGCUCGAUUCGUUUGUAACGAUUUUUGGUCAGAAGAAAGCUGUUGUUAAGCAGCAUAAGGAUAUGCUUGACUUGAGCACGUACACAGUUGAGAAAAAGAGCACCUCUCAGUUUGGAUUACCACCAAGCUUCGCUCUGUAUACGGAACAGGUUGAAGCGACAUACGCUAUUUUCGAGCCCGGCGUUUCUGCGAUCCUACGAAAAUACGAGAAAGCUAUUGAAUAUGUGCAUAUCUCGGAUCAGUACAGUGGUCCUAAACCACCGGAAGGUGAGACGUAUACUCGGCUGCCAGAGGUGGUACGAUUGGUUCAGUUCAGUUUGAAUCUUGAUGAAUGUCGUGAUAAAGAAGCACAGGCUGAAUUGCUUCACCUCAUGUUUUACAUAGUCGACAAAGUCCGUAAAUUCCGUCUAAGUAAAGAAGCGAAGCAAAAAGCGGAUAAGAGACGUCGUGAAGUUGAAGAAGCAUUUAUUAAGACAACACAUCAGUUGCGACAAGAGGCUGCUCAGGCACGGAGAGAGGAGAAGACAAGGGAACGAAAGCAACGACUUUUGGAGGAGGAAGAUCCAGAAAAGCAAAGACGUUUGGAGAAGCUCGAAAUGAAGCGAGAGGCGAAGGCCAAACAACCAAAGAUGAAGCAGCUGAAAGUGAAGAUGUAG